AUGAAGAGUUUGAACGUGGUCUCGUGGCAUUAUCAGACACCAGAGCGACGGGCGCUGAAGCGAAAUCGUCUCGGACCACCGGAUGUCUAUCCGCAAGAUGUAAGUUCGUCAUUUGCUCGAUUUCCCAGUCGAUUCCUGGCCAGUUGCUGGGGAGAGAAACCGUGUAAUUCUCUGGUUUAG